UCCCUCGCCCCACUGGAACUGCGAUUAAACUCCGAAGAGCGGGGAGGGUUACGGCUGGAGAGCCCGCCAGCCGGCUGAAUUGAACCGGCCUCCUGGGUCUGAGCGGGGCGAGUGGCCGGGGGCAGCGCCUGGACCCGCGGGGCUGCGCCGUUCGCCAGCCCGCUCAGCCAGGCCGGGGGGCAGGGGCGGUGCUGCCCGCCCCCGCCUCGGGCCGUACGGGAAGUGAUGCUGCCUUGACGGGAAGGGCAGGGCCGGAGGGACGCGGCCGCGGGAGCCCCGGUGACCGGGGGAGGCGAGCAGAUGAGAAAUGGCUCUUUUUGCAUGACUGUGGUAUUCAAGAAAUCUGAACUGUGUCAGGAAAUUUGUCACUGAAGUACCCUUGGAAAACUACAGAUCCUUUUGCAGCUGUUAAGCAUUGGAAAUCGUAUGCACUGGUUUAAAAUCAAAUCAAACACUGCAAGCCAAAGUCAGUCUUUUAAUAGAAGAUGAAACAGCAGCACCUACUUUAAUGAGUCUUUUCAAAUAGAAACUCUUGUCAGACAGUGCCAUUGCAUACUCCCAGUUUCUUGUGACUUCUCCACGCAGUGUCUUCUGAAUUCUCACUAUGUCUGAUGGGGACUACGAUUAUCUCAUAAAAUUUCUAGCACUCGGUGAUUCUGGAGUAGGAAAGACCAGCCUUCUUUACCAAUACACAGAUGGCAAAUUUAAUUCCAAAUUUAUCACAACGGUGGGCAUUGACUUUCGGGAAAAGAGAGUGGUGUAUAGACCCAACGGGCCAGAUGGUGUUGGUGGCAGAGGACAGAGGAUACAUCUUCAGCUCUGGGAUACUGCAGGGCAGGAAAGGUUUCGUAGCUUGACAACAGCUUUCUUCAGAGAUGCCAUGGGGUUUCUUCUACUCUUUGAUCUGACAAAUGAGCAAAGCUUUCUGAAUGUCAGGAACUGGAUAAGUCAGCUACAAAUGCAUGCAUAUUGUGAAAACCCUGACAUUGUAUUAUGUGGAAACAAGAGUGAUCUGGAAGACCAAAGAAUGGUGAAAGAAGAAGAGGCUAAGGAACUUGCAGAAAAAUAUGGAAUACCGUAUUUUGAAACCAGUGCAGCUAAUGGGAAUAAUGUAAGCAAAGCCAUUGAAACUCUGCUUGACCUCAUUAUGAAGCGCAUGGAACGGUGUGUGGAUAAAUCCUGGAUCCCAGAAGGGGUAGUGCGUUCCAACGGGCACAGCUCUACAGAACAGUUGAACGAGGAGCAAGAAAAAGGCAAAUGUGGCUGUUAACUCAGUUACAGUGAAGUUUAAUGUAUAUCAUAAAGUAUAGUACAGUUGCAGUUUCACUGUUUAACUUAUGGACAAAUCCCAUUGUGUAUGAGCUAUAUUAAUUCUUGAUAUUAAUUUUUGGUUUUGUUCUCUCAAACAACAACAAAAAAGUUAUGUAGUUUAUUAGUGAUGGGACAGAGGUUUAAUUUGGUGCAACAUUGGAUAUUCCUCUAAUUCUCUAACUGGGAGGGAAGGGAAGGAGAGGAAUUUUCAUUAUCAAAUUUAGAAACAUGCAUGGGCAAUGAGAAGGGGUAGCCUUCUGAACUGAGGGAUUUUCAAUGGCCCUUUGAAGGCUGCAUUAAAUGCACAGACUAGGCAUUUACAUACUGUGACAGCUCAUGGUCUCUGUUAACAGGAAGCUUACAACAUGGUCCUUGGUUUUGAACAGAAACAUUUAAUCAUUUCAUCAAUCAUUAACAAUCUUGAAGAGCAAAUCCUGUGUUCUCCACAAAAGCCUGCGAGUAGCUUUUCCUUGCGCUCUCAAACCAUCGAUUUUUAGUGAUCAAAACCAAAAGAAAGGUAUUCUAUAUAGAAUAAAGAGCUGCAAAGAAGCACAGGGGCACGUACGUAGAGCAUUUUGGGUAUGUCAUGAAAUUGAACUUGUCAACUACAACUGUACUAUAUCAAAUAUAUCCAACACAGCCUAUAAGACCUCCUGAAAUAAUUUGAAUUUCUAGAACAUGCAUAUACAUAUAUUUAUAUGUAAAUGGCAUAACUGUACAUCUGUUGUUGUGUUUCUUUUAUGUUACUGACCGAUCAUGUUUCAACAGGAAUGUAGGGGCAACCUAGAUGUCAGCAAAAUUUCAUCAGAGCUACUGCUUUGCACUGGGUUUGUUUUACUAAACACAGAUUUGGAAUGUUUCUUCAAAUUGGAUUGAUAAGUGAAUGAUGAUUGUCUUCUGGUGAGAUGCAGCUAAGAUACCAGUUCUGUCUAGAUCAGCAUUUCUAUAAAUUUAUAGUGCUCGUUUUAUUCUGCCAACCUUUGUGUCAUGUAUAUCUUGGCUAUCAUAUAUUCCUUUAUGGCUUGUUCAUUUCCUUUAGGUAGUAUUUAAAAAAGAAUAGAGUUGCUUUUCUUUUUUUUCCCCCUAUGGAUCACAUAAAUGUCGAUUUUGGUUUCAGUGGAUCAUGUUACUCUUUGAUCAUUUUUAUUUAUUCAUACAACCUAAGGAGCAAUCAGUAUUUUUGGGGUCUUUUUUCCAGACUGAUUUAUAAGAUGUGCCUGCUAAACUGUUUUCUACCCUAGCAGAGGUUGUAUAACUGUAAAGUAUUGCCACUUAUAGUCAUAACAUGCCAAAUUGAGUCUUGUUAGACUUUCCACAACAGUUUGUUUACAAAACUAAAAAGCUAUUACUUCUUUAGAAAUUAUGUAUUUAUUUAUUUAAAUAUUCUAACCGCUGCAUUUUCGGGCAAGUAUUGAUACCAGUUUCGAACAUGAAUUGCAGCAUAACAAAUUUUUUGAAGGACCAAAAAUGUUUCUAGAAUAGGAGCUAAUUAAAAAAAAAUACAUAUUUGAAGUAGCCUCUGGUUAUAUUAAUAAUACAAGAAUAAGUGUUAAAACUUGGUUCUUAAAAUAUUUUACAAAGUAACGCAUUGUUCUUUAACACAACAUGUAAAUAUUAGAUUUUUAUCACAGCCUACACAGAAUAUUUUGAAAGUGCAAUAUAAUUUGACUGCUUUGGGGCUAGGACAGAGAUUAAAGCAAUUUAUAUUGAAUAAAUACAGUUUUGUGGUUGGGUUUUUUUUUUUUUCCUACUGUACAAUACCAAGUUUCUAAAAUGCUUGUAGACCAGCAUUACUGUAGUUUAACUCAGAGUGCCUUUUGAAGUUACCAUCAUGUUUCUGACCAGUAGAGUAUCAAGCUACUGUAGGACACAAUACAUUUCAAUGUACUGCAGUGUCUGAAUUUCUUUUCAUGUAACUCUUUGCUUUUCAGAGGGUUGCAGUGGAACUUUAUCAUGUGUUAACUUUAAUGGGAGUUUUUGUGCUUAUAGCUCUAUCCAGUUCCUGAAAACAUCCAAGGAUUAUUGCAACCAACUACUGAGCUAAGUGACUACUGAAAUUGGUGUAAAAAUAUUUCCUUUUGAAUACCUAGUUUAGAUUUGAUAUUAAAUAGUAAAUGCUGAAACUGUCAUAUUUUUGUUAUGCAUAUUAUAUGUCACUAUUUACUGUAUAAAGAAGUCUACAUAAAAUUG